CCCCGCCCCCGCGCGCGGGCGACUCCCCCUCCCCUACCGGGGCGGCUGGCCAGCCCGGAGUAGCCCAGCGCGCUGGGUCGCCUGUUAGCGCCUCUGCACGCUAUGCAUUCAUCUUGUCUGGGGCCACUCUGGAGAAGGUUCUGAGAUGCCUGCGCCCUCCCACGGCCCUUCUCUGGUCUCUUCCACCCUGAGUUGUGGCAUGAGGAGGAUUCAUGGGAGUAAUUCAUUGAGAACAGCCUGUGAGGGGUCAGCCAGUGGACAGUCUUGCCGAGCGGCCUCAAGGGCUGGGACCCAGCGAUGAGAGUGCCCAGGGAAGAUGCGAGCGCCGCCGGCCCCCCGCUGACCAGUCACUGAAGCAGGCCUGCCACCCCAGGCCCAGCAUGCGCCUGUCGGUGCGGAGGGCGCUGCUGGCGGCUGGCUGCGCCCUGGCCCUAGUGCUGGCAGUCCAGGUGGGGCAGCAGGUGCUGGAGUGCCGCGCGGUGCUGGGGGGUCCAAGCGGCCCCCGGCGGGCCAUGCGGCCGGAGCAGGAGGACCUGGUGAUGGUGGGCGCCGACCACGUGGAAUACCGCUAUGGCAAGGCCAUGCCGCUCAUCUUCGUGGGGGGCGUGCCCCGCAGCGGUACGACGCUGAUGCGCGCCAUGCUGGACGCCCACCCCGAGGUGCGCUGCGGUGAGGAGACGCGUAUCAUCCCGCGUGUGCUCGCCAUGCGCCAGGCCUGGUCCAAGUCCGGCCGCGAGAAGCUGCGGCUAGACGAGGCAGGCGUGACGGACGAGGUGCUAGACGCCGCCAUGCAGGCCUUCAUCCUGGAGGUGAUUGCCAAGCACGGUGAGCCGGCGCGCGUGCUGUGCAACAAGGACCCCUUCACGCUCAAAUCCUCUGUGUACCUGUCUCGCCUGUUCCCCAACUCCAAGUUCCUGCUGAUGGUGCGAGACGGUCGGGCGUCCGUGCACUCCAUGAUUACCCGCAAGGUCACCAUUGCCGGCUUCGACCUCAGCAGCUACCGUGACUGCCUCACUAAGUGGAACAAGGCCAUUGAGGUGAUGUACGCCCAGUGCAUGGAGGUGGGCAAGGACAAGUGCCUGCCCGUGUACUACGAGCAGCUGGUGUUGCACCCCAGGCGCUCCCUCAAGAUCAUCCUGGACUUCCUGGGCAUCGCCUGGAGCGACGCUGUCCUGCACCACGAGGACCUCAUUGGCAAGCCAGGGGGUGUGUCCCUGUCCAACCUGUUCUUUCUCCCCAGGAUUGAACGAUCCACAGACCAGGUCAUCAAGCCUGUGAACCUGGAAGCCCUCUCCAAGUGGACCGGCCACAUCCCUGGGGACGUGGUGAGGGACAUGGCCCAGAUCGCCCCCAUGCUGGCUCGGCUUGGCUAUGACCCCUAUGCAAACCCACCCAACUACGGCAACCCUGACCCCAUCGUUGUCAACAACACACACCGGGUCUUGAAAGGAGACUAUAAAACACCAGCCGAUCUGAAAGGAUAUUUUCAGGUGAACCAGAACACCACCUCCUCCCACUUAGGAAGCUCAUGAUUUCCAGAUCUCUGCAGAUUGUUGCUGAGAGGAGCAGACACUUGGCAUUCGAGUGGAAAUCGGACCUCUAAUCCAAGCAUAUUGCUUGCUAUUAAUCGCCCAAACAGGACCGCUACUGAGGAAUGUAUUUGCGUAUGUUUGCAAAAGCUGCCUCACUGAAAACUUCCCUGGAGACUCUCUAGCUUUGGAAGCCCCCCCACCCACUCCGGGGCAGAGAGCGGAAGGUUGGGCGGUAGUCUGGCUUUUGAAACCUAGGUAUUUUUUAAUCUUUUCCCUCAAGAACUUUUUUUUAAAGAAAUGGAUUUGCCAUUUUUCUUCAUUUGCAGGACCGCCUUGGUGGCUUUGUUUGCGGGGACAAGGCCCACACCUGUGCCUCUCCUAUUUGACCCUCACUUUUCAAUUCAAAGAAUCUAUUUAAGAAUUUAAUAUAUGAGGUUUUCUUUGAUUCUUCCUCAGUUUUACUCAGAUUCAGAGAAAAAAAAAAUUAUUUGAAUAAAGUGAACAGAGACUCA